CAGGCCUUGCUCUUGGAGGUUCCUCUGGUUUUGGUGUUCGCUAUCCCUAAAACUAACCUGCAUAGGAUAAUUCAUCAUGGGUCGAGUCAGGACUAAGACUGUCAAGCGUUCUUCCAGGACCCUCAUCGAGAGGUUUUACCCCCGUCUUACCCUCGACUUCCACACCAACAAGCGAAUCCUCGAUGAGGUCGCCACUGUCCCCUCCAAGAGGUUGAGGAACAAGAUCGCUGGCUUCACCACCCACUUGAUGAAGCGAAUCCAGAAGGGUCCCGUGCGCGGUAUCUCUUUCAAGCUCCAGGAGGAGGAGAGGGAGAGGAAGGACCAAUACGUCCCCGAAGUCUCCGCUCUUGCCACUUCCGACGAGUCUCCCCUCGAGGUCGACACCGAGACCAAGGACCUUCUCAAGUCCCUUGGCUUCGACGACCUCAAUGUCAACGUCAACGCCGUCUCUGCCAACGCUCCUCGAGAGAGGAAGACCCGAUUCGUCCCUGGUGCGGGCCGUGCUUAAGGGUUUUAGGAUGGUUUUUGUAUAGGUUGAG